UGUGGUGGCUGAACUAGGCAGCAUAAACAUGUUUCUGUCGGUAUCGUGUCGGAUCCGCAGUUUGAACACAGCGCAGCCGUGAGCGGAUAAACAAUGAUUCCCAUCACUGAGUUGCGGUACUUCGCAGACACCCAGCCAGCAUACAGAAUCCUGAAGCCAUGGUGGGACGUGUUCACCGACUACAUCUCCAUCGUAAUGCUGAUGAUUGCAGUGUUUGGCGGCACUCUGCAGGUCACUCAGGACAAAAUGAUCUGCCUGCCUUGCAAAUGGGUGGUCAACGAGACCUGUGACACAUACUCGCACAGGCAUUAUCCCAAUGCCACCCUGUCUUCUGUUCCGCUGUCUUUUGAACCCCAGGGCAUUCAGUAUGACUUGGAUCGGCACCAGUAUAAUUACGUAGAUGCUGUGUGUUACGAAGACAAGUUGCACUGGUUUGCAAAGUACUUCCCUUACUUGGUGCUCCUUCACACACUCAUCUUCCUGGCCUGCAGCAACUUCUGGUUCAAGUUCCCCCAUACCAGCUCUAAGCUGGAACACUUUGUUUCCAUUUUGCAUAAGUGCUUUGACUCUCCAUGGACCACGCGGGCCCUGUCAGAGACUGUGGUAGUGGAAAGUGACCCAAAACCCUCAGCGAAAAUGAACGGCUCCACGGACAAAAAAACCUCCAGUAUAAGUGAAGAUGUUGAGGCUAGUGUACCCAUGCUCCAAAGGUCAAAGUCCCGCAUCGAGCAAGGGAUUGUGGACCGCUCUGAAACUGGUGUCUUGGACAAGAAAGAAGGAGAGCAAGCAAAAGCUUUGUUUGAGAAGGUGAAGAAGUUUCGUUUACAUGUAGAAGAGGGUGACAUUGUAUACAGGCUUUAUAUCCGCCAGACCAUUAUCAAAGUCAUAAAAUUCAUUCUGAUCAUUUGCUACACAGGAUACUACGUUCGCAAUAUUCAGUUUAGUGUAGACUGCAGUGUUGAUAUUGAGAGCCUCACAGGUUAUCGUAUGUAUCGUUGCGCACAUCCUCUUGCCACCCUCUUUAAAAUCUUGGCUUGCUUCUACAUCAGCUUAGUGAUAGUUUACGGCUUGAUUUGCAUGUACACGUUGUGCUGGAUGCUUAGCCGCUCUCUGAAGAAAUACUCCUUUGAGUCAAUUCGAGAGCAGAGCAGCUACAGUGACAUUCCUGAUGUGAAAAAUGAUUUUGCUUUCAUGCUUCAUCUGAUUGACCAGUAUGACCCACUCUACUCCAAGCGUUUUGCCGUCUUCCUGUCAGAGGUAAGCGAAAACAAACUUCGGCAGCUAAACCUCAACAAUGAGUGGACCUUGGAAAAGCUGCGACAGCGGGUCACAAAGAACUCGCAGGAUAAGCUGGAGCUGCAUCUCUUCAAUCUGAGUGGCAUCCCAGAUACAGUGUUUGACUUGCUGGACUUGGUGGUGUUGAAGUUGGAACUCAUUGCUGAUGUCACUAUACCCCCCAUUAUUUCCCAGCUUUCCAACCUGAGGGAGCUGUGGCUCUACCACACGCCUGCCAAAAUCGAGGCCCCUGCCUUGGCCUUCCUACGAGAGAACCUUCAGUCAUUGCACAUCAAAUUUACAGACAUUAAAGAGGUCCCAUUGUGGAUUUACAGUUUGAAGAACCUAAGGGAGUUGCACCUUACAGGAGACUUGAGCUCUGAGAACAACCGAUUCAUUGUUAUUGAAGGGCUUAGGGAGCUGAAACACCUCAAGGUCCUACGGCUAAAGAGUAACUUGUCCAAGCUGCCACAAGUGAUCUCGGAUGUGGGUGUGCACCUACAUAAGCUUUCCAUUGACAAUGAAGGUACCAAGUUUAUGCUGGGCAAUGGUGUGAAGAAGAUGAUGAACUUGCAAGAACUGGAGCUUAUUCGCUGUGACCUUGAGCGCAUCCCUCAUGGCAUCUUUAGCCUAUGCAACUUACAGGAGAUUGAUCUGAAGGACAACAACCUUAAGACCAUUGAGGAGAUUCUCAGUUUCCAGCACCUGCAACGGCUGGUCUGCCUUAAGCUUUGGUACAACCAGAUUGCCUACAUUCCUCUUCAUAUUGGAAUCCUCACCAACCUGGAGCGACUCUACUUAAACCGUAACAAGAUUGAGAAGAUACCCAGCCAGCUGUUCUUCUGCCGUAAAUUGCGUUAUCUGGAUUUAAGUCACAACAACCUCACCUCCAUCCCAGCUGACAUUGGAUUCCUCCAGAACCUACAGUACUUUGCUGUGACUGCUAAUCGGAUCGACAACCUGCCAGCAGAGCUGUUCCAGUGCAAGAAGCUGCGCGCUCUCCUCCUUGGCAGCAACUGCCUGCAGACGCUACCAUCACGCAUUGGUGAGCUCACUUGCCUCACGCAGCUGGAGUUGCGGGGAAACCAGCUCGAAUGUCUGCCUGUGGAGCUGGGUGAGUGCCGCCUACUCAAAAGGGGUGGCCUUGUUGUGGAAGAGGACCUCUUCAACACGCUGCCCUCUGAGGUGAAGGAACAGCUGGGGAGGACUGAGAAGGAGCAGGCCUGAACACAAUGCAGUGGAGAGCCAAUGGUACAAAGGGGUAAGGGAGACGAAGAGCCUAAGGUGUUGGACAUUUCAGAGAAACAAAGCGAUCUCAAGAGCAUGGCCGUGUGUGCUCGCUUUAUUUCAGAUGUUUUGCUUAUCAACCAUCCUGCACACAAAAGGACCUACAACAGAAGGGGGAAAAAGUGCCUUUUAAAAUAGGUCAGAGUCCACACUGAAGCUGAAGGUGUAAAAGGACAGAUGACAAUGGCCAGUGGUGCUCCGCACAGGGGUCCUUACGAGCGACUGCAUUUCCCAUAUUCCUCUGGGUUCUCUCGGGACAGUGGCCCACUUCGAGGAGCAUAGGGAGGUUUCACAGCAGAUGGCAUUGUGUUUCAUGUGAAAGGCAGGGUGGCAUUUGGUGUAAUACUGCCUGUGGGCAGGGCAGUUGCAAAGAGAGCGUCCCACCACAUGAACGCAUUUCCUCUGUGUGUCCCAAUUUUCCAGGAUCCUGAGAUGAAAAGACCCAUUUAACAACUUUGUGUGUGUGUGUGUGUGUAUACACUCGGUUACAAAAAUUUCAAACUGUACAUGCAGAAGGUGCCUUGCCUGUAGCUGCUUUGUAUGCUUACUGGAGGGGUACCUGGAGGAUGUCCUUGAUGCUGAGUCUGUGAGGAUGCACUGUAGAGGAGCAACAGCAUUGUGCAGAGUUGGAUUUGUGUGUGUAUAAUGUGUAUAAAAGGAACCAAAAAAACAAAUGUCUGUCAAGCAGAAGGAUUACACAGGACUUUCUUAGAGGAUGGCCUCAAUGUAUGUGCAAUAUUUUUCCAGGACAUUUAGAGAGCUUCAAAUUGUGACCUGUCUUUUGGUACAGAGUCUUUGCCUUAGGUUUAAAGAAAACCACUACAGGUAGAUUUUUGAAAUCAGCUAAUUUUCUUACUAAUACUGGCCUUAACUAUCUUGCUAUCUGGAUGAUGUUUUCAGUUUAUUGUGUACAAACAUUAACAUAUUUCUACCAAGCCAGAAUUUUGCACAAAAUGAAUCCAGCAUGCAACCGAAAUGUGUUUAAAAUGGUGUUCCACUGGUAUGGGGGAUAAAAUGUGGCUUAUAUUGAAAUAAUUUUGGUAGAAAGUACUUGUUCUUAUUUAUUGGACAAAAGUAUGGUACAUACAUAACGCGUCACUGCUUAUGGUGUAAAAAGAGGAAAAACCCUCAAUCUUGUAUGCAAAUGAUUUUCUGCAAAGGAUGUUUUUUCAAAUGCCUCAUUCAGUCCUUUGCACUGAGUGAGAAGGGGAGCUACUUUACCCUGGUCUGAAAACCCGUCUAUGUAGGAUGGUAAGGGGUUCUACCUUUGCAACAGCAACUACUGCUGGCCCGGGCAGGACUGGCAACUGCAAGACUUGACACGUUUUUGCUGCAACCUCCUGUGGUUUUAAAGGCCGUUACGGGAUGAAAACCGAAUCCACAAUGUACCAGUCACCUAAGGAUUACUUUCUAUGAGAGAUCCCCUGGAUGCCUUUAUUCAUCUGCAGAUUCUUUAAAUGCAGAGAAUUGUGUGGCCCAAGUCAUCUUGAAGUUAUUUUCUGGUAUGGAGACUGCAUUAAAUGUUGAGAACAUCAAACUGCAGUAUUGUAUCUAUUGGAGUGGGAGAAAUAUGGCGAAGAACUGAUGACCUCUCUAAUUGCCCCCUUUUUCCGAGGGUCCCGAUCGUGCAUGCCCUCAUUUUCUGCACGUCGCUGACCAGACUUUUGACCGCUUUUGUCAUUGACAACUGACACACUAGGUUAUUUGAAUACACCUUACUUAAACACAAACAUUGAAACACUUCUUAGUGCUUGGAUUUUCUUAUUUUCCAGGCACCAGUAAUGCCUAAUUAAAGAUGAUUAUUAAAUCCUGUAGUUUUUUUUUUUUUUUUUUCUGCCCUUCCA